AUCUAGGCUUUUUCAGAGUACGGUUAGAAUCAUACCAUGGCAGCAACACCAGCUUCACCGGCAGCACCGUCCUCUUCGGUUGAUAAUUGUCCCAUUUGUUGGGAUGAGCUUUCUACAAGCUGUAAAAGAACCCUUGUAACCCUCCAAUGCUCUCACAAGUUCCAUCUUGACUGCAUUGGCUCGACAUUUAAUUCUUUUGGUGAAAUGCGAUGCCCCUUAUGUCGAGCCACUGAAAAUGGCACUUGGGUUAUCCCCAGAGAAAGAGCUGAUCAAGCAGCAUCUGAGGACCUUGAUUCUGACACUGACGAGGAUGAAUUCGAAUUUGAUGAAUGGGAUUUGUUUUCUGUUCAAGAAGGGUUGACGGAACCAAUAAGAGCUCUAUUUUAUCAAGCGUUUUCACGGCCUGCUGUCUUGGCUACUGAUGAUGGGACACUAUAUCAUCAGGUCUCUGCCUUUGACAUCAUCCGUCAAUUAAAUUGCCAAUGGAAUCAACCACCGCCGCCCCCAGCCUUCAAUUCAAUGUUCAAUUACUUUGCAACUGCAAAUCAUCCUCUGACCAGAGUUGUAUCUUCAACUCCAAGAUCAACUCCAGGUCACUCUGAUGGUGUUGUGAAUAUUGAGUCAUUUCUUGAGCCGGUUAUUCUCGAGCCUGGUCGCAGCAAUGGCCCUACACAUUGCAAUUUCGACUGGAUAUGCCCACCAAACAAUUCACCAUCUCCGGGCGUACGUGCAAUGAUGUCUGGCCGGAGUGGAUCCAAUGGCUUACCAGGGAGGGUUCCUGCUGGUAAUGCAGCAUCACAAUCUGAACAAGCUCAGUUUAAUGAGCCUCUAGAUGCUCCGAUCGAUAGGCAGAACCAGGAGUUGCCUUUGAUUGUUCAACCUGAAACCAAUAACGUAUCACCUUCAGAGAAUUCCCCGGAUAAUAUUGAUCCUUCUCUGAAAUAAUUGAUGGAAUUUGAUGAACAAGUGGGUUUUGUUGAGUAUAUUGUGAAGAUGACUGAAGGGAAGGCUAAUCUUAGGCUGUUAGCUUUUGAUCUUAUUGCAGCUUUGAUGACUUCAAUGGAUGAUCCACUGGGUGUUGAUAGGGGUGGUGAAGUACGAGUCUCUUGGGGAUCAAGGAAUAAGGCAAUCUUGAAGGAAGCAUUGGGGUUAGAUGAAGUUAAAGAUCAGAAGCCAGAGGGUGGGAUAAAUGAUAUUCUAAGAAAGAGAUGUAUGGAUGAGAAGGCAGCUGUUAGGAAGGCUGCACUCCUUGUUACCAAGUUGGUAGCCAUUUUUGGUGGUUCUUUAGAUCUCAAGACGAUUGGAAGGGCUUGCUCGGAUCCACUUGUUAGCAUUUGUAAAGUUGCUAUUUCAGCACUCUUAGAGAGGCCUACUGCCUACAACAGCCCAUCCUUAGAUAAUGAAAUGAGUAUUCAAGAAGAAUGUGAGAGCUUGUUUUUGGAAUUGGUUUUGGAUCGGAUAUCUAGAGCAGCAUCAACUUCUUUUGCUAUUGAUGAACCCAACUGUGAGUCAAAUAUGAAAGCUAAAUGUUUAGAAAGAGAGAUCAAAUUGUUAUUUCCUGAAGGGAUUUUGGAUCUUCUAAAAGAGAUCUGCAAUGGAGAGGUGACAUCUUGGGUGAAGAAAAUCUGCACAAGUCUGGGAAAAAACAAACUGUUGAAGCCCAAAGUUGCUAUUGCCCUUCAGAAUAUUAUAAGGACAUCGGAAUCUCUUUGGUUGAGCCAUUAUAUGCCAAUUGAGAAGUGGACAGCACCAGUGGGUGCCUGGUUUCUUCUAUCUGAAGUUUCAGCAUAUCUUUCAAAAGCAGUUGAUUGGGAGUUCCUGCAUCAUCAUUGGCGGAUCCUUGAUGAGCAUAGAGUGGAAGGUGAGUUUCAGAGUCCAGUUGUGCAAGGCAAUGUGCAUGAAGAUGAAGAGGGCAUAAGAUCCAAUUCAGUUGCAAGGGCAGGGGACCUUGUUUUCCUCUUACAAACAAUCUCCAAUGUUUCUGCGGAGUUGCCCCCUGAACCUGCUUUCAGAACCGGCUUCUAACUCGCUUAAACGAAUUGAAGAGUUCAACAUGCAUUCCAUAGAGGUAUUUAUCUUGUAAACUGAUCAAUUGAAAAAAUUACAGAGUUUUGCAUGAGUUUAAACAUAUUUCUCUGGAGUUGCCCCCCUGACAUGUUGCUUUUGUUCCCUUUUACUCUCUGUGUGUGUUUAAACAUGAGUUUUGUAUGCAGGAAGCUUUAUAGUCACCCAUUGUUCUUGGAAAUUUAUUCUUUUAUCCUAAUCUUGGGCUUAACUUGCAUAUUGAUCCUAAAAGGGAUAAGAAGAUCCCUUGUUUUUCAAGAAAAAAUACUCUGAUAU